AUGAAGUGCCACUCUGAUUUCUACGAGAAGCUGAAAUCGACACUUGUCAAAACCGAAACAACUGGUGGACAAACGAUGCCUGCGAACAGUUCUUUGGUUGAGAUCCCGCAAAGCGAAUGUGUCGAAGAAGUCACAGUUUUUGAAAGCUUUUGUAACGUUAGCUGUGUCGCAGCCUAUGCGAACAUUUCUAUUCCUACAGUUAGCAACUUUUCUGUGUUCUCUGGACCUAGCCCUGCAUCUAGGGCUAAAAUGUCAACGACAGUGCGGCCGAAGACUCAAGUCUCUCGACGUUCUCCUUCAAGAGUUCACUGGGAUUCAGAUAUCACAACCAUCAGCGAUACGGAACAUUACACUUCUGUGUUGACUUCCUCCUCAAAAGACAAGCGUAUGAAGCGUAAAAGGAUGGACGCUUCAGAGUCAAGCCCAGAUGAAGUGUCGAUUAUGAAAGUGACUUCCCGAAAAUCUGCGAAACUGGAGUCAGGUGCCCAGUCUCCCACUUAUGUGAAUCUUUCCUCAAGUGAGAGCGUAUCGGAUGACACUGAGGUAACACCAACAGUGAAGCGCCAUUCCAUUUCCCCCACCCUGACUGGCCGAAAGUAUCGUUUUCCAUUACAUUCGGAGCUAUCCGCAAGAGACAGGAGUUUGAGAGCUGGCCAUUCAAGGUCUAAAAAAGUUGUCACUAUCGAGAUUUCUUCAGACGAAGAUAUGGUGGAUGAAGAAGAACCGUAUACAAUACCAGAAACGCAACUUGCAAGUGAGUCUAGGAAGCUGAUAAAGACGAUGGAAUCUUCUAUUUCGAAGCCACGUAGCCGUACAGCUCAUCCGGUUAAGCCUGCUGCAGUAUCCUUGCUUGAUAAGGGCGCGAUUCAAAAGGCUCAGGCUAUAAUCGAAGCCUGGAGAUCGUCCUCCUAUGAAGUUGUGCCCGACGAAAUUGACUUUUCCGCUAUUGAAAGUACGGUACAUUCAAAAACCGCUGCUUCGAAAUCGAGGCGAUCACUGUUCAGUAGUACGGACUCUAUUCCCACAUCAGCGGAUCUUUCGGAAAGGCCUGAAAGUUCACAAUCGAAAACGCCACGAGCAAGGACACAACGCCACACGCGUACGCUGCCCUCAAAGGAAACUAACAUGACUGAUUCUGUACAAGAAACAGCUGAGAGGUCGUCAUACCCACUUCAAAAAGGUGACAUCUUUUUAACACCGAAGAAUCCACGACAUAAGAAUUCCGGAGAGGGUGGUACACCUUCAUCACAAAGUACUGCACCUUUUAAGAGCGCGGAAAGUUCUCAGAAGACAUACCACACUGAAACGUCUGCGCGGUUGUCUUCCUCAGAGUCGCACGAUGAUUCACAAAUACAUCGUCCACGAGCAGGAAGGCCAAGGAAGAUGACAGAGCCUCUAGCUGCGAAGGAAAUCGAUUCUACUCAUCCAUCGAAAUCUGGCGGAAAUAUUCCACAUUCGAAAAGGGAUACCAUCCGCUCUUCAGAACCCCGUGAUCCAUCGGCAGACCGAGAGCUUGAGAAGGCUCCCGAGGCUCCGACUCCUCAGCGGGGAUUGCCUUCAACAAAUUUACUGCCUUCCUCAGAAACACAACGUGUUGCAGAAUCACUCCGAGGACGAGGAAAAGACAGGAAGAAGUUGGCGGAAUCUGUAGGAGUUAAGGGACUGGACUCUGCUCGUGGGGGCAGAUCUGCUUCACCAGCUUCGUCACCAGAACAAGGAGGUCAAAGGUCUCCCGAAGCUCGAACCAACCUAAGCGGAAUGCAUUCUACAAGCAGGUUGUCUUCAUCGGAAACUCAGGACGAUUCGCUGACGCAGAAGUUGCGGGGAAGAGGACGCAGGAAGCUGACAGAGUCUGCAGGAGCCAAGUUGCCGCGUUCCGCACGUCCAACUAAAUCUGCUAAGAGCAUUUCGCAUGAGAAAGUAGAUCGCACUUCAGAAUCUCCUGCUUCAUCGCCAGAACGAAUGCCUCGAAAAUCGCAAGGAAAGCUGAGCAGUCAAGAGGAAGCAGGACCGCUCUUGUCCCAGGGCGUUUCCUCUUUGAGAACUCAGAAUGACUCGCAAGCGCGUCGUCCACGAGAAUGUACUACGUCUAGCAAACUGACUCCGAAAAACUUAGCUGAAGAGACUUCCAAAGGUCGAAAACAGGAUAAGCCGAGACGGACAACAUCUUCUGAUGGUGUGGAUCCCAAUUUCUCAUUGGAACCAGAGUCCCAUGGACAAAAGGCUAAAGUCAAAGAGCAUACCGAACUACGAGGGACGAGUGAUGCUGCACGGAAGGGUUCUGGAAGUUCAAAGAGCGAAUCAAGGAAGAAUUCCUUUUGCGGAUCAGAGUUUGCCGGAGAGUGUGUAAUGGCAAAACGGAUCUUCUUGCAGGGUGGAAUGGCGCAAAUUAUUCGCGCUGAAGAUUUGUUAUUACGGAAUAAAGGAGUGAUUGAUCCUUUCAAUCGGUUAGGAUGUAACAUCGAUCCAGUUAUUGUAGUGGUUGAGUUCUGCCAAGUUCAAGGACCUCGUCCACUUGUUACGGUGUGUCUGAAAACAAAGGAACCGCCAACUUCUUUGGAUAUCGACAAUUUAUCGGUAUGGUUGAUGAGCUGUGAAGCUGCUAGCGGCACACUUUUGGUUAUUUAUAACCAGCAAACAGGAAUUUAUGCAAUGUCUUAUUACACUACUAUAUACGACAUAAGGGCUAGAGCCUUUCAGCGUCCGAUUUGUGUGGCAGUUCUGAGCUCGGAACGUCCAACCUCGAGCCGGCUAUCACAUUUCUCAGCCGGAGUGAGGAGAUUGGUCUCGCCCUUGAUGAAAUGUAAUCGUCGAUAUUUUAUGAGACAACUAAGUGAUAUCAUCAAAAUCUCCGAUGCAGUUGAAUCGGACACCGUACAGACUUACUAUACACUAGAUGUCGAAUUAUUGAAGUUACCAACUACUAAUCGUAAACUAGCGAAUGUCGCUGAACAGGCUCGAAAGCUCAGGCCAAGGAUGCAGGCUAUGUAUGAUAUGUUGUCGGAAUCACGAACUUGUAUGUAUCAAACAUGUGAAGGUUUUGCUUUCCCAGAUUUCAGUGCCUUGUGUUCAUCAGUUCCAUCUCGUUGA